AUGUCUCCUGCUUUGAGGCAAAACACUCCUGAGCAAGUGAAUAUUAAUAUGACCAGAUCAAGGAAAACGCUAUCUCCGUCGCAGCUUGAGAACAAGAGAGCCCACGACCGUGAAGCUCAGAGAGCCAACCGUAGGAGAGUUAAGGAAAGAAUUAUCCAGCUGGAGCAACAAAUUGAGGAGAAACGUGGUCAUUUAGGCUCAAGUAGGGUCUAUCACGAGCUUCUCCGUCGAAACCUACUUCUCGAGGAGCAGGUCGCGAGGCUCAGGAGCAUCCUCACUACCUCCUCAACUGCAAAACUAUCCACAUUGGGUUCAUCUCCAGGCUCUGUCCUGGAGGGGCUUGGGCUUGACGACUACAGCAGCUCGGUGGAUUGUUCUUCUCACGACACGUGUCACUAUUUUGUUCCACACUGCAGCGUCUCCGACGUCACAACCCGCCUUCAACCCUGCGAUUCAACAACGGCCAAGGCUUAUCACUCACUACCCAUCUCCCUAGAUGGAAUAGAUGUCGGUAGUUCGACAGCCAUGUGGAAGCCCCCCUCGACUAUUACGUACCAUAUACCAGAGACACCAGGCGCUAGGAUCUUCCAUAAUGUUCACAACGGUCUACUCCCCGAUUGUAAUGUCGAUACCUUGACGACCAAAUCCGGUGGUAUUAUGAGGCGACAUCGCGAUGCAGGUCGUAGCGAGAGUUACAAAUUCCAAAUGCAGGCUGUUGACGGCGGCUGGGAUCUCGACAAAAUGGAAAUGCGGCACUAUCAGGAUGAAGCCUGUUUUGGGGAGAUAGCACCCACACUACAGCCGUUGUCAGCGUAUCAUCCUGGACACAACAUGGAUAGCCACGAGCUGGCACGUUUCCAUGAUCCCAAAUUGGCGUACAAUUAA